UGAUUUAACUUGGUAGCCCCUUUCAAAAGUGGGGAAUGAUAAUUUUCUUUCUUUGUGUCAAUCACGUGUUUUAAAUUUUGAUAAAGAAAAAAAAUAUUUUUUCUCCUCUCCUCUCAGGUGAGGUUUAAAUUGUAUGACGAAAAGAAAAAAAGUGUUAUGACGGACCUUCACCGGUCCUGUAUAGGUGGGGAUUUUUCAAUUAUUUUAUUAUGAUUCAUAACUUGUUCAUUAAUUUUAAAAUAUAAUCAACAACUUUAACUACUAGUGUUCUUCUUUGAUUAGGAUUCACUAUUAUACAUCCAAAUCGAUAAUAUGUUUAAACCAUCAUUUAGACUUUUUCAAAAAGUGGCAGCUAAUCUGGGGAGAAUACCUCCAGUGAAGUUAGCUUAUAAGAAUAUGUUAAAAGAUCCAUCAAAGAAAUAUUCUGCUUUUAAAGGUGUUGCUUUACCUAAUAGAACUUGGCCCAAUAAAUCCAUAACUAAAGCUCCAAGAUGGUUAUCUACUGAUUUAAGAGAUGGUAAUCAAUCUUUACCUGAUCCAAUGUCAGUUGAAGAGAAGAAGGAAUAUUUUCAUAAAUUAAUUGAAAUUGGAUUUAAAGAAAUUGAAGUUUCAUUCCCAUCUGCAUCACAAACUGAUUUUGAUUUUACUAGAUAUGCGGUUGAAAAUGCUCCCGAAGAUAUUUCUAUUCAAGUUUUAACUCAAUCAAGAGAACCAUUAAUUAGAAGAACAGUUGAAUCUGUGAAAGGAGCUAAAAAGGCCACUAUUCAUACUUAUUUAGCUACUUCUGAUGUUUUCCGUGAUGUGGUAUUCAAUAUGACACAAGAAGAUGCUAUUGCUAAAGCUAUUGAAACCACUAAAUUAGUUAGAUCCUUAACUAAAGAUGAUCCAACCAUGCAAGAAACGGAAUGGACUUUAGAAUUUUCACCAGAAUGUUUUUCAGAUACUCCAACUCAAUUUGCAGUUGAAAUUUGUGAAGCAGUUAAGAAUGUUUGGCAACCAACGGAAAAGACUCCCUUAAUUUUUAAUUUACCUGCUACAGUUGAAGUAUCAUCACCUAAUGUUUAUGCUGAUCAAAUUGAAUAUUUCUGUAAUCAUAUAACUGAACGUGAAAAAAUCUGUGUUUCAGUUCAUUGUCAUAAUGAUCGUGGAUGUGGGGUUGCAGCUACUGAAUUAGGAUUAUUAGCUGGGGCUGAUAGAGUUGAAGGAUGUCUUUUUGGUAAUGGUGAAAGAACUGGUAAUGUUGAUUUAGUUACUGUUGCUCUUAAUAUGUAUACUAAUGGAGUUUCACCUGAAUUAGAUUUUUCAGAUAUUGAAAGUGUGAUAGAUGUUAGUGAAAGAUGUAAUAAAAUCCCAGUUCAUGCUAGAGCUCCAUAUGGAGGACCAUUAGUGGUUAGUGCAUUUAGUGGAUCACAUCAAGAUGCUAUUAAAAAGGGGUUCCAAAAGCAAGAAGAAAGACAAGAUCCAAAAUGGGCUAUACCAUAUUUACCAUUAGAUCCCAAAGAUAUUGGAAGAUCCUAUGAAGCUGUUAUUAGAGUUAAUUCUCAAUCAGGUAAAGGAGGAGCGGCAUGGGUUAUUUUAAGAACAUUAGGAUUAGAUUUACCCAGACAAUUACAAGUUUCAUUUUCAAGUAUAGUACAAAAUAAAGCUGAUUCAUUAGGUAGAGAAUUAAAAUCGGAAGAAAUUAAUCAAUUAUUUAAAGCCGAAUAUUUCAUUAAUAAUCCAAUUACCUUAAAAGAUUUUGAAAUUACCAAGAAUAAAUCGAAUAAUGAUCGUCAAAUCUAUGCUAUUUUAAAUAAUAAACAAAAUCAACAAUUAAUUAAUAUUAAAGGUCAAGGUAAUGGACCAAUUUCGUCAUUUAUAAAUGCUAUUUCAAAUCAAUUUGGAAUUUUAUUUGAAGUUAUAAAUUAUUCCGAACAUAGUUUAGGUAGUGGAACUCAAGCUCAAGCUGCUACCUAUAUUGAAUUAGGAUAUGUUAAUUCUAGUGGUAACAAUGUUAAAGCAUGGGGAUGUGGUAUUAAUUCUGAUGUAUCGCAAGCCUCUAUUGAAGCUAUUCUUUCUGUUGUUAACUCAUUGAUUGAGAGCAAAGAAAUUAAGGUGUAGGUGUAGGUAUAGUUGUUGUUGUUGUUGUUAAUGUUUUUUAUAGUUAGUUGGUUUAAUUAGUUAAGUGUGUUUUAAAAAGUAAUAAUAAAAGUUUAAAGUUUUAUCCUAUUAGAGUUGUAGUAAUUGGUAUCUAUAGUUAUGGUUAGAUCUUGCAUAGGUUUGAUUUGGUCUCUUUUUGCAAUCUAACGUUAUCUAUGAGAAAAACAUCACUAGGGCUCCAGCCCCCACCCACCACCAGAUCACAUGAUCGCUUCGUCACUUUAUAUACAG